UAGUGCUGAAGAUAGGAUAUCGUACGAGGGCACUGGUUCGUCAUCACUUGUACUUGUGUCUCAGAAUGACAAUGGUAUGAGCAAAAGACCAGCAAACUCAGGUGAUGAUCAGAAUAAAAACAGAAAGGCUGUUCCAAUUUUUAGUGUCAUGAAAACACCUUCAUCUACUGAGUAUUUGAAAUUAAGUCAAGGAUUAGAACUGCCUCAUCACCAUAAAGGUGAAAUGUCUGAACCACAACCAUCCAUGAAUAUUUCAUUGUGCCCUGGCACAACCAUCGUUAGUCCUUGUGCCCUCUUGAGGCGUUAUGAGAUGACGCUGCAAAAUAGGGCACCAAAAUGCUUAAGUGGUAAGGUGGACUUAACUGACACUAGUCAUCAAUGCACAAGCUUAUGUGAUUUAAAGUCUUCUGAUGACAACAGUGGUGCCAUUACAUCAAAAUCUGAUUCUGUGUUUCUUGAAGAUUCAAGAAAAGAUUUAACAGUUUGCCAUAAAGAAAACAUACUUGAAAAUAAAAUACCCUCUUUGCUUCAGGGAAACAAGUCAGGUUAUCCAGAAAGAUUAGAAAAUGUGGACACCACUACUGAAAUCUGUGUGUGAUUCUGAGUGCCCUCAAACAGUUGUAGUGGAUGCUCUUCAUUUUUUAGAAAAGUGUGAGAAAACAGUCUAAGUUGCCACAGAUGAGAGAUACUAAUCCAAGUAAGGAAGACAGUUCAUUGCAUUGUACAUUUACUAAAGACUGCAUUCCUCAAAACAUUAAUAACAUAGGAUCUGAAAUUAUAUCUCAUUCUUCUCUUGAAGGCAUAUUUGACCUUCCAACAAACAUUAGGACUAACUGUGUGUAUGAGAAAAAAGGUUCUCUAAAAGGGAAAGACUAUGGAGAAAAUUUAUUUCCACAUCCUGAGUGUAGAGGUAAAGAGGAAAAUAUAAGCAAAUCCAUUUUUCCUGUUGUCAAUACCAGUAAUGCUGGAAGAGAGAGAAUAAAAAUGGUUGCAGAAAUUCCCUUAUCACAGUCUAACUUAACACUAGACUCUUCAAUAGGCCUUUUACUUUCAUCUAGUGUAGGUGCAGCAAGUUCCACUUUAUCACAUUUUCCAUCAGAAUGCCAGCCAUUUCCUCCAGCUUGUUGUUGUGCUUCAUAUGAGCAACCCUCCAACCCAAAGUAUCAAUUAACCAGUAGAGAAGAGCAGGUACUUGGCCUAGCAGUGGAUAAAUAUAGUCAUCCUAGUGGCCAGUUUAAACAAGUGGGUCAUGUCACAGCCCCAACAUUAUGUCUUUUUAAUAAAGAGGAUGCUUCAUUAGAUACUUCAAUGAAUUUACACAUGACACAGAAUGUUAAGCCUAAUGUUGUUGCUAAUGAGUCAGUCUUCCCGGUAAGCUACUUAGAUACUAAACAGCCAACAUGGCGUACAAGACACCAAGACUUCAGUCCUUCCAGUCCAGUUCCCUGUGAAAGACAUCCGACAAGAUCUUCAUUUCCCAAUGCUGUGAAGUGUAGUGGUGUAUGUUGUUCUGCUUCAGGGCACACAGAUUAUAUUGGUAGCCAAAACUUGCAUAGUAUGUCAGCAGUACCACUUAAGAAACAUCCACAGUUAUCUAGAUAUCCUUAUGAUUUACCAGAAGAUCCCAUUUUUGAAAGAAGUAGUGAAAUGACUCAAAGAUGUCAUCAGCAAAUUUCUCUGUGGCCUAGGAUAUCAGAUCAACCUCGUACAUCAAGAGCACAUACAUCAGCAAGUGUUUCCCAUAGUAUAGGAUGUUGUUGUGAGCGUUACUCAAAUAACAGGACUUGUCAGAAUCCCAAAGAUGUAUUCAGAGAGCACACGCAUUGUCAGCCUAGUCAUCAAG